AUGGCAUGGCCUCCAUCACAUCAAUAUCACAAGAAGCUCCGCCGCCGAGAAUACGCCGCUCAUCCAUUCAUCUUUACAAUCUUCACAAUGUUCUCGUACCGUGUAAGAUCCGCAGUAUUGGAUGCAAAGAUCUACCACAGUCACAGUGCCACUGUCCUUGAGGAUAAUUUACGCAUUACCUAUUUUGGUGCUGCCGCCGUAUUAUCUCCCGUGCGGCGUGCAGUGUAUAUAAAGGUAGAUGGCCGAAUUAACAGUCGAGUAUGA